CACGUUCUGUUGUAUUCCCCACCUGGGCUCUACAGCUCCCUCCAGGAUCAGAUGAUUACAGGGCAGUUGAGCAAGCCGCUGCUCUCCCUGCGCAGCGAGAUGAGCGCGGCAGAACUCCGGGCAGGGGACAAGGCGGCCACCCCAGACAGCAAGCUCAAUGACGAGCCCCUGCUCCUGUCCUCCGAGGCCAUGGGCAGAGAGGACACUCCCAACAAGCUCUAUGGAGCCCGUGACGGCUCUGUCCAGUCUGAUGCCAGCAACAGCCCGUCAGAACAGUGUCAUCUGGGUCAGUCUCACCCAGCCUACCCAGUAGGACCACAGUCUUUGCUGGUGGCCCAGCAGCUGGCCGGGGGGUCGCCAGGCCUGAACCAGCCCAUCCUCAUCCCCUUCAACACGGGCGGCCACCUGGGAGGCCAGCAGGGUCUUGUGCUUUCCCUGCCCACCGCCAAUAUCCAGGGCCUGGUGGCUGCAGCAGCCGCACAGGGCAUCAUGACGCUUCCCCUACAGAACCUGCAAGGUAAGAGGGCUGCCUCAGCAGAUAACCUAUAG